AUAAUAUCUCGGUGUGUAAACACUUGACAAAACGUGACAAUUGGCUACGCGCGUCGAAAAAAGAAAAAUAGAUUACAUUGAAAUAAAUCCCACGAUAUCUAAAACCAAACGGAAGAUGCCCAGCUCCACUUUGACGUCCUCUACUGCUCUUCCGGUGAAGCAACGAAAUGGAUUUGAUCUUGGACUCGAACCGUUGCGGAUCUUAGGAGCCUGCAACUGGUCCGGUAAGCUGACCUUUUUGAUGCAGUGGAAGGGUUGCGACGAAGCCGGCCUGGUGCCCGCCGAAGUGCUCAACGUUCGGUGCCCCCAAAUGGUCAUCUCGUUCUACGAGGAGCGUAUUGUGUUCACGGAUGAGGGCGAUGAAGAAGACUUGGAGUCGGACAAUGGGUAUGAGACCACUCCGAGUCCCAGGAAGAAACGAUCACGAAAUGCCUAGUCCAUAAAACUAUUGUGCACCGAAGACAUUGCGGUGCAAUGUCAAUAAAGAGUAUUGACUCUUC